AUUAUUAUUUCUGUACAUUCCGCGUCUCAGUGAAGACUGAAGAGUGAAGAUAUUAAGGUUGCGCGAGUGAUUGAGUUUCUAUUCUUAUUUCUAUUAAAAAAACGCUCAGGUUUUCCAAACAAAUAAAAUAAUAUGAAAAUAUUUGAGACGUGAUCGCUUACUGUAUUUUUAUAUUAUUCUGUUUACAUUCAAACCUCAAUUCCGUUGUAACUUCGAAAAUGUUUAUUAACGAUUUUCCAUUUAUGGAGUCGAUGCCAACGAACAACAAUUUUAUACUCAAGUCUGAACCGUUUGGAGAAGGAACCACGUACAAUGGCAACGUAUGGAUUACAGCAGAAUCGGAUCUUAACGGCAUGCCAGUACAUCGAGAACCGCCAUACUUGCAAACUAUUGACACACCACAAAUCCAUUCUCCACCGAUGCCUGGCCAAAAUCAAGCGUGCUCAAUUUGCGGUGACCGAGCGACCGGCAAACAUUAUGGAGCAGCCUCAUGCGACGGAUGUAAGGGAUUUUUCAGAAGGUCCGUCAGAAAGAGCCAUUUCUACUCGUGCAGAUUUUCAAGAAACUGCAUUGUAAACAAAGACAAACGCAACCAGUGCCGUUACUGCCGGUUACGGAAAUGUUUCAAGGCUGGUAUGCGAAAAGAAGCUGUCCAAAACGAACGUGAUCGUAUCAACUGCAGAAGACCCAGCUAUGAAGAGCAGCCGAGUGCUAAUGGUUUGUCGGUUACAUCAUUAUUGAAUGCUGAAAUACUGUCUCGGAACGAAUCAGAUACAGCUGAUGAUACUAAUUUAGCCAACAAACAUGUGGCAAACAUUGGUGACGUAUGCGAAUCAAUGAAGACUCAGCUGCUCUUUUUAGUUGAUUGGGCUAAACGUAUUCCCGCGUUUACGGAACUUCAGUUGAACGACCAGGUGUCGUUAUUACGAGCUCACGCUGGUGAACAUUUGUUGUUGGGCUUGGCCAAAAGAUCUCUAAUGCUUAAGGACGUGUUGUUAUUAGGAAACAACAGAGUUAUUACUCGCCAUGUGCCCGAUAACGGAAUACCAUCGGACUUGGACAUAAGCAGAGUUGGUACACGCGUUUUAGAUGAACUCGUCAAACCUUUAAAUGAUGUGCAAAUUGAUGACACAGAAUUUGCUUGCCUCAAAGCAAUAGUGUUCUUUGAUCCAAAUGCUAAAGACUUACACGAACCCGACCGCAUCAGACGUAUGCGCAAACAAAUUCACCGAAACCUAGAAGACUACAUCAGUGAUAGACAAUACGAGACUUGCGGUCGUUUUGCAGAGCUUUUAUUAACGUUACCAGCUCUACAAUCGAUUACAUGGCAAAUGAUUGAGCAAAUUCAGUUUGCAAAACUCUUUGGAAUGGCCCACAUUGAACCGUUAUUGCAGGAGAUGUUACUCGGAGGAGCUCCAAUCGAUGCUGAUUCAAACAAUCAAGACAAAACCAUAAAUGUUAUCAGCGCGCCAUAAAACCAAUUUUAAAAAAUCAUAAUUUUUGUGUAUACGAUUAAUUUUUAAUUUUUGUGUACGAGUGAAAUUUCUAUUACUCGUAGUUUUAAUUUUAAGAUUACAAGCAACUAACUUCUAAUUUUCUUUAUUUAGAUACUACUAAUAAUUAUGAUCUUUUAAAUGGCUUAACUUAUUCGAAAAUCAAUAUAUUUAUAAUGUUAUAUAAAUUUAAUGAUAGGUAUAAUUUUUUAACUAUUUUUAUUAUUGUUUCAUUUUUGUGUAUUUAAGUUUAAAAUAUAACGCUAGUCAGCGGAAUUAUAGUUAAUAUUGAAACUAGAUUAGAAUUUCCUAUUGACAAAUUAAGAGUCAAGUUAUAACUGUUUGUACAUAAGAAAAAAAAUGUUAUUUGUAUUGACUAUAAAAUACAACAAUAAAUUAUGCUUGUCAUUACCUAAUUGUCAAAUUUUAAAAACUUCACUGUCAUUAUCGUAAGCAAGGUACAUAAAUAAUUGUUCAGAAAACGUAUUUAUAGCAGAUUAAUACUGUGUA